GUGUCCAGCAGCGAUGUCGGGGACUCUGUAGGAGCAUCGGGGGGAACGACGGAGAAGAGGACCGGCUGUGAACCAGGUGGAGGGUCGACGUGAGAACUGGAUUUAAAGGGGAAGCACCAAGGUCAUGAUCGACUGGUCCAAUGUGACAGCGUCUGGCUACCAGGAGCUGGGCCUGAAACCUGAGGAGCUGCAGAGGUCCAAAUGUGUCCUGGGCUUCAUCCCAGUCAUCUACUACAGUAUUCUGCUUUGUGUGGGAGUACCAGUGAACAUCCUGACGGCCGUGGCUUUGUCCCGGCUGGCGUCCCGCACCAAGAAGGCUCUGUACUACUACCUGUUGGCGGUGACCUGCUCAGAUAUUCUCUCCCAGCUCUUCAUCAUCUUCGUCGGCUUCCUGCUGGAGACGGCUGUCUUUCACCGCGACGUCCCCGAGCUCCUGCUGCACUCCGUCAGUGCCGCUGAGUUCGCCGCCAACCAUGCCUCCAUCUGGUCCACCGUGCCCCUCACCGUGGACCGCUAUGUGGCGCUGUGCCACCCGCUCCUCCACCGCCAGAUCAGCUACCCCGCACGCACCAGGAGGAUCAUUGCGGCGGUCCUGGCGUUGUCCCUGGUGUCCGGCGUGCCCUUCUUCUGGUGGUCGGACAUGUGGCGGAACAGCCACCCGCCCACGGCCCUGGACACCGUCCUCGUCUGGACGCAUGUGACUAUCAUCUACUUCCUGCCCUGCAGCAUCUUCCUGGUGCUGAACUCUCUGAUAAUCCACACGCUGAAGGUGAGGCAGAGGCAGCAGCGCUGCGAGGAGGAACGUGGGCCCAAGUCGGCUCCUCCUCGCCGACUUGGGAAAACCACGGCCAUGCUGCUGGCCAUCACCUCCGUGUUCUCCGUGCUGUGGGCGCCCAGGACCGUGGUGGUCAUCUACCACCUGUACGUGUCCUCGGUCCACCGGGACUGGCGCGUCCACCUGGCCUACGAUCUGUCCAACAUGCUGGCCAUGCUCAACACGGCCGUCAACUUCUUCCUCUACUGCUUCGUCAGCAAGCCGUUCUGCGGCGCCGUGCGGGACGUGUUGCUGCUCAGGGGGGGCCCGCUGUACCCUCGACGUACUCUGCCUCACCCGCAGGCCCCCACCAACGCCUCCAUCUCCUCUCUGUACAGUGGGAACAACAAGCGCUUGCAGCGGGACUCCACCCCCUUGUCACCUCGCAGGGCCAGAAAGCCCUCGUGACCCCACGACCCCCUUCCUCUUAAUCCAAAACACCCAUCAUCCCACGGUCCCGGAGCACUUCUGACCCCCAGAGAGGCUCGCUGCAUUCCAGCUACGACCGUGGACAGCUGCCAGUCAGCCCUGAGGCCUUCUCAAAGGGCCUCCGAGAAGUAUGUUUUUUGUAUUAGAACAUGUUACCGGCUGUUGUUUGUCCAUGUACGUCAGAUAAUCCUGACAGCUUAUUUAUUUUAGAAAAUAUGACAAAUUACAAGUUUUAUUUUCCAUAUUUGGUAGCAAUGUGACAAAAUAUGUUUCAUGUUGUUACGAGAAAUUAGGAAAGAAUAACAGCCCGUUUUCUCUGUGGCUAGUUAGAUCCAUGAUUAAGAGAAGAAUGGGAGGAAAGAAACUGAUCAUGUGCGCGCAGCAACACUGAGUGUAAUCAAUUCAUCCACCCAUUCCCACUUUUACCAUGUUGUUCAGUUUGUCUAUCCAAUCACACGGCUACGACAUCCACUCUGGAAGCAGCAAAGAUGAGAGUUUAAAUAUGAACUGGCUGCUAUUUGUGCUGUUGUGUAAAGACGCAGAAUGCCCCCAAAAAAGACGAUCCGCCCUGCUGAGCAUUGCCAAUAGAGCAAAAAAAAUCAAAAAAAAUGCACUCCGUCUCUACGUCGCACUCUCAGGCACAGAAAAACGCCCGCUGCUAAGGCGUCUGUUCAUUCUUCAUGAAAUGCAACUGGAUGGAGCCUCAAAUGAAAGCUCGCUGUUUAAGCGGCAGGAGAGGAGACCCUGCUCUUCAAACAGCCCCUCCACUACAUCACCAGCAUGGCCUCAGCUCUGGCUAACCAAACCUCAGAUUAGCCUGAUAGUCUGCACAAACACACACACACACACACACACACACACACACACACACACAGAGGAUACACACUCUCGUGCAUGUAUACGAACACGAGCACCGAUAGCUGGUACAUUUCCAUUUGCUACAACAGGAAUGUUUAAGUAAUAUUUCACUUGUUGUAUUUUUGUUGUGAAAGAAAUAACAGCUCUGCACUUCUAACAGCUAAUUAGCAUAAAUCACUUGUGGAUAUGGAUAUGUUUAAUACAUGCCCUCCUGGAACAGUGAGCUGUCACUUGUUCAUUUGUUCCUACGGUCACCAGGUCUCUAAUGGAGUCUGAGUAGAUGUUGAAGAAUGAUCUUUUGUCUGUGGCCUGAAAGAAGCCACGACAUUAACGGUGCAGCCACAUUGAAGGCUAGUUUAGUGCAGGAACUGAUCAUAACUCUCCAACAAAUAUUCAUAUAUCCACACACUGUGGAGUCCAUUUGUUGUAAAUUAUAGGAUUCGUCCGUUUUUUAUCUGUAUAGCCAGAUUCCUUGAAGCCUUCCUGGGUGACACUUGCAAGUAUUAUUAGGAUACAUGGAAACAUUUCACUCCCACAAUUUUAAAGUUGUAAAACCAGCUCAGUCAUUGUAUGUUUCUGCAAACCACAAUUAUGAUUAAUGUCGAGGUUUUUGCUUUUGGUCGGAGCAACGAGUACAAACAAACAGGACUUUCACCAGCAGACCGCUGUUUGAAACCGAAAGUAAACGCAGACUUUACAUUACUACGUAGCGGUGCACGUUUCUGCUAGCGUGAUAUGAGGCUGAUAUGAAAUGUAUUUGUGAAACAUAUUUUGGGUUCAGUGGUUUGCAGGAAUGUGCAACGCUAACAUGUUUUUCUGGCGACUGCUUUGGAUAAAGCCGUAGUUCACUACCUGGCCAGCACCAAACAGCCAGAUCUUUGUUCUCAAGAGUCGGUGGAGACCAAAACCAGAGCUAGAAGGAGAUUCAGAUUCAUCAGACGGACUCAGACACAUCUCCUGAUGAACACUAAUGUUGCUCUUUGUCAGUUGUUUGCUAACAUGUUACAACUUUAUGAACAAAGUGAGAUUUCUUCGCUGUUUGUUCACAAGCUUGUUUUCUAGUUCAUUGUUUUCUGAGGACCGCUCAAGUAUAUAAAAUACUGCAGCACCAUUCAUUACAAAACUUCAAAGCUGUAACUUCCUGUAUCAUCACACACAUGUUUUAAUGCUUCACUCAGCAAUGCACUCUCAAGUACAGUAUAUAUAUAUAUACAGUACAUAUAUGUAUAUAUAUAUAUACAUAAAUAUCUCCUCUGACCACCCAUUCUGGUUCCCACAUGCCUGCUCUCGUCCCUCCACAGUCCUCAUUGUGUUUACUGUAACAGUGAGAGACACAGUGUUCGUGUCCUCGUGUCGUCCCACAUUGAGUUGUGAGAGUCCGGACGUAGACGGUAGAUACGAACCGUUUCUUUGAAGAAGUCUCCCGCUGCCUGACAACAACAGAGGGGGGCGUAAGAGAGCGUGUGGUGGCGGCGACCUUACGCCGGUUAAGAUGGUGGGGGGCACUGAAUAAACAGUAAUGUGAAGCGAAGAUGUAAGAGCAGGCUUUGAUUAAAGAAGAAGGGGGAGGAGGGGACCAGGAGAAGGACAAACGCCCCCUGUCUGUCUGCCACCUGUCCUUUGUUCCUGUUCAAACAGCCGGUUGUGCUGCUCAGCAGGUGUCCCGAUGAAACGACAAAGCACCUCACAGAGUGACCAGUGUAUCCUAUCAGAUGUAUCUGUCUAAAUACUGGAGACGUGUACUUUACGGACAGUUAAAGGACGGACUUAAAACACAUCCUGGACAAAGCGUGACUCGCUCACGGGCUCACAUGUGCAUCCUAAUAUUUCAUGUGAAAAACAUCUGUUCAGUUUAGUUUUUACAGCCAAAUCAUUUAGUUUCUCUGCUUCAGUGAAUCUGAAUAUGAUGAACGUUGAAAGUCUUGUUCUCCUGCAUGUUCUGCCCUUUGCGGCUCUGACUCCUAAAAUAAAUUACGUUCCGGUCACAAAUAAGGUCAGGAUGGUGGUUGGGUCAAAAAAGACAGAGGACUUUCAGGAGACUGCUGUUUUAAUCCCAUGUGAACCGAGUACUUGUGUAACCAAGCAGUAGUUUGUUGGGUUUUUGUUUUAAGCCAAACCAUGAUGUUUUUUACCAAACCUAAAGAAGUAGUUUUGUAAAGUUUUUUUUGUUUAGUUUGAAUUUAUGACGUUAACCGCGUGUUUCAAACUGUUUAAAACUGCAACUGUAAUCCUGGAGAAAACAUUCUUCCCCUCACAACAUACAGUAAUUGCGAGUGCAGUUUAGUUUUAUGGGGACGUAAGUUUGCAGGAGACAGAGUUGCCUGUUGUUGUUGUUGUUGAGGUGACUUCACAUGCAUUGUUUACAUUAUUUCUGUGAUUGUAAAGCAGAAUGAUCCCGUCUGUAAGCACUGAGAAGAGUUUUAUGUGGGGAGGAAA